AUGAAGAACGACGAGGGCGAGGUCGUCGACCUGUACAUCCCCCGCAAGUGCUCAUGGACUAACAAGCUCAUCACUGCCAAGGACCACGGGUCUGUGCAGCUGAACAUCGGCCACCUGGACGAGAACGGUGUGUACAACGGCUCCUUCUCCACCCUGGCCCUGCACGGCCAAGUCCGCGCCAAGGGCAACGCCGACAGCGCUGUGGACAUCCUGUGGAAGCGGAAGCAGGCUGAGAUUGGUCAGUGA